AAGAGGAGGUCUUUCGAAGGGUAAACAUCCGUCAUAGUGGACAGUAUAUGUGGUUUUGUUUUUCAACGCCCCAAGCUUGUGAUUUAAGAAAAUAUAGAAAAUCCCGAUAAAGAGGAGACGACAUGGCAACUACCGUCAGCACCCAGAGGGGACAGGUGUAUAUUGGGGAGCUUCCACAGGAUUUUCUGCGAAUCACUCCCACUCAGCAGCAGCAGCAGGUCCAGCUGGAUGCCCAGGCAGCCAGGCAGCUGCAGUAUGGAGGCUCCAUAAGCACUGUAGGACGACUUAGCAUUACAGUGGUCCAGGCCAAACUGGCUAAAAACUAUGGUAUGACCCGAAUGGAUCCAUACUGUAGGAUCAGACUGGGCUAUGCUGUCUAUGAGACACCAACUGCUCAUAAUGGAGCCAAAAACCCACGCUGGAACAAGGUGAUCCAGUGCACGGUGCCUCCUGGGGUUGACUCUUUCUACUUGGAGAUCUUUGAUGAGAGAGCAUUUUCUAUGGAUGACAGGAUAGCAUGGACACAUGUCACCAUCCCUGAAGGCCUAAGGGAGGGCAGAGUGGUGGAUGAGUGGUUCAGCCUGAGUGGACGGCAGGGUGACGACAAGGAGGGCAUGAUCAACCUGGUUAUGUCUUUUACUUCUUUACCAGCAGGAAUGAUGACUCAGCCUGUUGUCUUUAUGCCAUCUGUAUAUCAACAAGGAGUAGGAUACGUGCCCAUCACAGGAGUUCCUGCAGUCUACAACCAGGGCAUGAUGCCUAUGGCAGUGCCAACUACCAUGCCAGCAAUUGGGAACCAGGGCCUACCAUGCACUGAGCAGGACCUUAAGGCUCUGCAGGACAUGUUCCCCAACCUGGAUAAAGAGGUGGUUCGCACUGUACUGGACGCACAGCAAGGCAACAAGGAUGCUGCCAUCAACUCUCUGCUGCAGAUGGCUGAGGAGCUCUAACUAUACAAGACAGUCUGAUACCAGACAUGCCAACAGAUGCAUGCAUUCACAGUGAAAGUAGUCUAUAUACAGAGCUCCACCCCUUCUCUUAUAGACAUGUUUAUAGUCCUCCCACAGUAAUAUACUCUCACACACUGCAGCAGCAGCUGAGUUCCCAAAAGAGCUUUGUUUCCAGUUCAAAUAAGGUCCCAAAGUGCUUAAACACAACUCUGCUCCCAAGUUCUGACAGAGUCAUUUUGGUAUAGCCACUUAGUGGGUGUUCUACCCUCUAAUCACAGGAUUGGGUUUUCACAGUCCACCAUCUAUUUAUGUUGAUGCUUUUGUAAACAGUAUGUUUUGCACCUGCCAUAACUGCAGUAAAUCACAACCUACUUCUGUAUUAUUGGUAUCUGUAAAGUGUGUAGUGCAUUUCAAAUUAUUCAUUGUGUAUAUAUAUAGAAAUGUAUGCAGUAAUAAUAAUGAAUGAAUGACUACCCUGGUUAGAAGAAAUCUUUUGUCCACUGUGAGUCAUCUCUAACAAAGUUAAUAUAGGUUUACCAUCACUAAAUCAGAACAUGAAGGUUUGAUGUGCAGUUACUUUCCAAAUGAACUCCAGAGUUUGGAGGCAGUACGAAAAUGAAGAUGUCACUUUGCUACUGAUAUCUGAAUGGAGGUCAACAGUAUGACAUCUGCAGAGGUUUUAAGACCAACAAUGCUCCUUGGUGACUCUGUAUAUUCUUAUCUUAAGUCUUCUAUUCACACCUGUAACCUGCCAACAUUAUAUCUGCCAAAGUUCUUGUCUAUGAGACUGUCAGUCUGCAAAACUCUUAAUGUUUAAAGUGCAGUCGUGUCAUGUGAUUCUGUUAUUUCAGUGUAAUACACAUCUUUCAGUCCAGGAA